AUGUCGCUCAUUGACCUCGUUCGGACGAAAUUCCUUGAGGCGAUUUCGAGCUCUGCUCCCGGCCAGUGGAAGGUGCUCGUAGUUGAUGAGCACGCGAAACGACUCCUCGGCGCAAAUCUCAAGGAGAAUGAUGUGCUCUCAGAACGAGUGACAACGAUUGACCUUAUAACCACGUACCGAGCACCGGAGCCGAAUAUGCAAGCCAUGUAUCUCCUCAUGCCCACCACGCAAAAUGUCGAUCGUAUUAUCAAGGACUUUACAGAUAAGCAAACCUACGCCGGCAUAUGGCUCUAUUUCACCGACAGACUCACCGAGAGACUUCUCCAUCGACUUGGACAAUCUCCCGCGAACGAUUUUUUGCAGGGUGUUGCAGACAUGUACAUCAACUUCUGGGCAAUCGAGUCGCAGGCGUUCUCUCUCUAUACUCCCUCUCACUUCUUCUCCAUGUUCUCCCCACCACGAACGCCGUCUGCUCAGAGAGCGGCACGGGACCGACUCGACGAUGACCUACGGUUUGCGGCUCGCUGUAUUGCCAACGUCUGCAUACAGCUGAACGAGAAUCCGAUCAUUCGGUUCUACCUCCCCUCACACCAUCCAGCUGUUGGUCCUCUCGCUUCCUUUCAUCGCCCUCAACAUAGUCCUCAAGAAUCCACAAGCAGAUGGCGAGACGCCAUUGGCGUCGGCUCGCGCGUCGACUACUCUGGCGACGACCACUUGUGCAAAGUUCUCGCGACAAUGGUCCAAGAAGAACUAGACAUUUACAAACGGAUCAAGCCGAAUUGGCCAGAACCCUCGGCUGUUCCUCGUCCGCAAUCCAUCUUAAUGAUCACCGACCGGACGAUGGAUAUGAUCGCUCCAUUCGUCCACGAGUUUACUUAUCAAGCCAUGGCCAACGACCUCCUUCCUAUCCAGGACGGUGUCAAGUUUCGGUACGAUUAUACGGCUGCCAAUGGAUCCAUAAAGACGGCGACAGCGACCUUGUCUGAGUCGGAUUCACUAUGGGUAGCCACCCGACAUUUACAUAUUAAAGAGACGAUUGACAAAAUUAUCAAUAAUCUAAAGGACUUUCAAGAGGAACACGGCGUGUUUUCAAAGACAGGAACGACAUCGAUAGAGGAUGUCAAGGACAUGUUGGCGGGUUUGGGUCAGUACCAAGAAGGACAAGAGCAGUUCUCCCUGCAUUACAACAUGGCCAAGCAGUGCAUGGACUUGUUCGGUAACCCGAAGCGAAAGCUUGCUGCCAUGGCCAACAUUGAACAAAAUUGUGCGACCGGGGUGACCCCCGAGGGCCGGACGCCAAAGACGUUGGUGGAAGAAAUGGUACCCUUGCUCGCAGACAUGGACGUCACGAACUUGGACAAGGUUCGCGUGAUCGCGCUGUACAUCAUGUACCGUGAUGGUGUUCCAGAAGAGGAUCGACGGAGGCUCUAUGAACAUUGUCGACUUACUCGCCAGGAACGUGCGGCUGUGGACAAUCUCGUGAGCUUGUGCGUUCGCGUCACGAGAGCGGCAGGGGAAAGAGACACGAAGCGUGGUCUGAAAAACCGGUUUGUGGAGUCGGACUAUGACUUGUCGCGCUAUCGACCGCUACUCAAGACGGUGCUAGAGGAUCUGAUGAACAACAAACUCGACGUGAGCGUAUUCCCAUUCCUCAAGGAUCCAGCAGCAGAGGCAGCAGGCUCUUCCCGUGCACCGGCAGCAGCGCCUGUCGCAACUUCGUUGCGGAAUAAGCCUGUAUGGACCAAAGGCGCGGCGGCGGGGAGACCUGGUGCGGGACGAGCGGAUAAUCGUCAACGGGUGUUUGUGUUUGUGGCGGGUGGAAUGACAUAUAGCGAGAUGCGAUGCGUAUACGAGCUAUCGAACACGCUCGGAAAGGACUUUUACAUUGGCUCGACGCACACGAUUGUGCCUGAAGAAUUUAUCGAAGAUCUCCAGACACUUGAUGUUGGUGGGCAAGGAUCCAAGGCCUUGCCGAGCGGCAUGCCAGAAGUUCACACAGCGCAACAGAGGCCAUUCCAGGUCUACUAUGACCAAAAAUACUUUACCAAAGACGAACCACCACCGCCACCCAAGCCCGCAGCGUCCCCUGCUUCCAAUCCAAAGCUCGCACCGCCGUCGAGUAGUGGACACGCGCCUUCACGGCCAAGUCUGUCGGGAUCAAUUAGUAGUGUCGGACGGAGUACGUCUCCUGCGCCUGGGUACGGGUCCGGGGCGGUGAGUGAGGGUGAGAAGAAGUUGAAGAAGAAGCGGUUCCUUGGUUUCUGA